AUGGACCGAUCCACGCAAGAGCUUUUCCUCAACUUCAUGAUUGUCCUCAUAACUGUGCUCCUCAUGUGGAUUCUGGUGAAAUCUUAUCAGGACUAA